AUGUACCAUGAUAGCCAUGCCUAUGCCAACGUGUUGCCUUCUGAACCAGCAGCCGGAUACUUGGAUGCCGGAAAGCUGGUAUUUGCGGAGGAGGCCCAUCUUGAUGUGGCCAGAGGCAUGAGCUUCAAGGAUGGUACGACCUAUUGUGUCGCUCCAGUCAUCGACGCCAGUGGCGGCCCAAUCCAAUUUUGGGCUGCAGGCACUGACUGUUGUAGCAGAGGCACCUUUGAGUGCGACGAUGCCUGGGAUGAGAAAGCACAUGCUGGGCUCGUUUUGCAAGCUAAUCAGCAGCAUAUCCUGGCAGUAAAGCAGGCAGUAGCGGCCUACAGGUUAACCACUGCAAAGAGACCCAUCUUUGUCCAAUGGGUAGUCGAUCCUGAGAAGGUGGAGCUGAAUUAUUGGAUGUUGGGCAACGGCAUUCUGGUUGGCUCCUGCCUCAUCAGCUUGGUCAUCUCCUCUCUUUUGACUUUGCUCCUGCUCCUCUUGAACGAGUCAGCUGCCAGACGCGCCGAGAGGACAAAUCACAGCGCUGAGUGCUCUACAGAUGUGUCACAUCGCGUCAACGUCACAGCUGUGGAGCAACGCAAGGAGCUGCAGAUUGAGCCCUUGUCUCACUUGGGCCGGGAAAUUUCCGUGGCCAGCAAUGACUUGGUGCUGACCUUGCGCUCUUCGGCGGCGUCCAUUUGGGGGACGCUCAUGGUGAAGAGGCGGAGCCCGGAGCACUGGGGGGGCGACGUCCAGGUCCGAGUGAAGCUCCCCUUGCCUCGGCACUACUACGAGUUGAAGUUCUCCGCCAGCUCCACGGAGGCGCCCCGCGAGGUGUAUCCCGGCCUCUUGCGGUGUUGGAUUUUCAACCUUGAGGCUUCGAGCAUCACUGCGAAACGUCAUGUGAAUGAGACCAAGAAUUCCAGCUUGCUUCGCAGAGAGAAUACAUCGGCGCAGGAGACAUUGCCGUUAUUUGUCCAUAUACCCAAGACAGCAGGAACGUCAAUUUGGGCAGCUCUUGGUCCAUCGUAUUCAGACUCCAACCGAUACCCCGAGGUGCCCUUCUCCUGUUUGAAGCACAACCCUCCAAAGGAGCACGUGCAGCGGAGUUUUGCCGUGAUCCGAGAGCCCUGCUCACGCUUGGCCUCUGAAUUCACUUGGGCUCAGAAACUGGCUUGGUUUGACAUUUACUACAGGGACUACGGGGUGAUCAAGGAAUUUCCUCCAACCUGCUCGAUGUUCAACUCAUGGGUGCGGGCAGUGCUAGCGCGGUAUCAGCAAUCCUCUGAUGUGGAAGACUGCCAUAUGAUUCCUCAGUGGUGUUAUUUGUCGAAAGUGGAUGAAGUGCUGCCCCUGGACCAAGAUCUGCAAAAGCGUUUGAGAGCAUUGAGCCCCGAGUUCCAUAGCCUCAAUUUACCCAGGUUGAAUGCAGAUGAUUUGGCCCAGCGCAGCAAUGUGACCUGUUCAUGCUUGGAUGCUUGGAAUUUGGCAGCGAUCCAGGAGCACUUUCGAGAUGACUUUAUCACCUGGCAUUUAGCCUUUGGCAAGCCAUCACCCUAUGCGCCUGAAUCCUUCAAAUCUGGCUUGAUUCGGCGAAAGAAGGGCUGCACUUACAAGAAGAAUUGGAAACGGAUUUGGCCGAAAGACAGCUCAGUUGGAAUUUCUGCUGAGGGCCUUGCUCGUGCUGUGUAG